UCACCGGGGCGCAGUGUAUUGGAAUCCCAGAGUUCCCUGCAGCAAGAGAAAACUUCCAGCAAAAUCUUCUCAGCGGCAGUUACUGCUUCGGGCUGAGGAGUCAAUCAAAGUCGAGGGCGAGAUGUCGGAGCUGAGCGAUGAGGCCAGCGAGUCGGAGCUGCUGAGCCGCAGCCUCUCCAUGUGGCACGGGGUGGGGCAAGUGCUGUGCCGGGAGGAGCUGGACGUGCCCCUGGACCUGCACACGGCCUCCUCUGUCGGGCAGUACCAAGUGGUGCAGGAGUGCAUCCAGCGUGGACACUUGGAUUUGAACCAGAGGAACUGUGGGGGCUGGACCCCACUCAUGUACGCUUCCUACAUCGGCCACGACAACAUUGUGCACCUGCUGCUGGAAGCAGGAGUGAACGUGAACAUCCCCACCCCUGAAGGCCAGACUCCCCUCAUGCUGGCCUCCAGCUGUGGCAAUGAGAGUGUUGCUUACUUCCUUCUGCAGCAAGGGGCAGAGCUGGAGAUGAAGGACAUUCAUGGCUGGACUGCCCUGUUCCACUGCACCAGCGCUGGGCACCAACAGAUGGUCAAGUUCUUACUGGAGAAUGGGGCAAAUGCCAACUGCAAGGAGCCACUGUAUGGGUACACACCUCUGAUGGAAGCAGCUGCUUCUGGCCAUGAGAUAAUUGUUCAAUACCUUCUCAAUCAUGGAGUAAAGGCAGAUGUCAGAGAUAACACUGGAGCCACAGCACGGACCCUGGCCAUGAAGUAUGGCCACACCAAGAUUGUGGGGCUGAUAGAUUUGCAUGCAGCCCCAGUGCCCAAGGUGUUCUGCAGAGGUCCAGGCAACUAUGAGGAGCUGAGUUCUUCAGAUGAAUCAUGUUCUGCUCCCCAGAGACAGAGACCUGCUCGUAGGACCAAGGGUCCCAGCAUCCAUGAGGGGCCCCAGGCCUUGGCCAAGAUCACAGCAGUUGGGAUUGGGGGAAGGAAGCAGUCUUGCUAUGAGCAGGUGCCCCCUCAGGGCUAUGUCACCUUCAGCAAUGAUGGCAGCUGUGAGUCAGGUGUCAUCAGGAACAGGGAUGUCACCUCCCCAAUCAAUGAGCUGGAUGUGGAGAGCAGCAGCAGCAGGGAGGAUAGUACUUUGUCCAGCAACAGCUUGGGAGCCAUCAGGAGCAGCAGCAGCAGCAGUGAAUGCCUAAUUAGAGUCCCAGGAGUCAGCAGUGAAGGUUCCUUGGAAAGCAAUGAGGACUCUGACCACACCAACAGCCCUCCAAAUCGGAAACAAGCCAAGAGCUUUAAGGGCAAGACCCGCUACAGCAACAGUGACAGCCACUGCCUGGGGAAGGCUGGGGGCUGCAGCCAGCACCUGGUCCUUCCUGAGCCCCCAGCCUACACAGGGCCCCAGGAUCUGGCAACAUUCCUUGAAGAGAUUGGGUGCCUGAAGUACCUUCAGGUGUUUGAGGAGCAAGACGUGGACCUCCGGAUUUUCCUGACUCUCACAGAGAGUGACCUGAAGGAAAUAGGCAUCACGCUGUUUGGCCCCAAGAGGAAGAUGACCUCAGCCAUCGCACGCUGGCACAGCAGUGCCCGCCCGCCCAGCGACGCGCUGGAGUUGGCCUAUGCUGAUCGGCUGGAGGCAGAGAUGCAGGAAUUGGCCAUCCAGCUGCACAAGAGGUGUGAAGAGGUGCAGGUGAUGAAGGGCCAGGUGUGCCAGGAGCAGAAGCUGCGUGCAGUGGCUGAGAGCUGUUUGAUGGAGCGGGAUGAGACCUGGAAUGCAAUCCAGUGCCAGCUUGGAGAGGCUCAGGCCAUCACCAAAGAUGCUGGAGUCCUGCUGGAUCAGAUCAUGAGCUGCCAGGCAGAGCUGUCGUCGCGGCUGGCCCCGGAGCGCGCGGGCGAGGCGGCGCCGGACACGGGAGAGCAGCGCGGCACCGGGGAGAGCCGGCGGCCCGGGGAGCGCCCAGUGCUGGAAGGGUGGCCACCUUCCCUGAAGUCCCUGAGCUUGCCUGAGCUGUCAGCUGUGCUGGAGGAGUGUGUGGGAGAGAUGGGAAAAGCUCUGCAGACUGUGACUCAAAACCUCCAAAGGCUCCAAGCCCUGGGGCAGAGCGGGCAGAGCUGGCCAAAGCCAUAACCAAGCCAGGAGGGAAUACUGACGUCGGGUGACUGUUCCACCCGGAAGCUGAGUGUGCCUGGGACAGGGAGCACGGGGCCGUGCUGAGGGCCACCACAGCUGGCAGGACGCAGAGGAGGCCGUGGCCACCAGAGAAGACAGCUGGGAGGAUGAGGAACAGCAGAGGACAACAACCAGGCCUGACUCAAGGCUCCCAGGAUUUUUGUUUGGAAGGUUUAGGUUUGGAGGAGAAGCUCCAAGCCUGGAACUGUUAUCUGCCUUAAGCUUCCUGCAGCCCUUGUUGUUCAGGUCUGGGUGGUGGUAGAAAGGUGGCAGUUGUACACAGCAAUCAAUUCAUUAUUCUUUUCUGCAUCCCAAUAUCCCCAGGCCCUCUGAAAUGUGUCCGUGGCUCCCGUGCAAUUUGGAUUGGCCCAGAGAAUGGAUCUGAGGCCAUAAAAAAGGCAGUUUUUUGUGGUGGGGUGAAGGGAGUGGAGUUUGAUGUUUGGCUCUUUGAGCUGCAGUGAAGCUCAAAGUGCAUCCCUGUUCCUAGUUGGAAUGUCUGCUCUACUGCCACCCCAGAUCUGGGCUUCAAAGCCUGUUCCUCCAACCAGCCCACUCUGAUUCACUUUGGGUUCUUGCUGUCCUCAGGGGCUGGGUGUGAUCAUGUUGUGGUUUAGGAAUGGCAUUCACUGAAACACUCCCACCUCACCCAUUCCCUCUCCUCCCCUGGGCUGGGAUGAAGAGGAGAACUGGAGGCACAAAAUGUGAAGAUCACUGGUAGAAAUAAAAGCAUUUCAUUGGAAACAGCAAUGAGAUAAGGAACAGUAAUAGCAACAGCAGUAAUAACAAAAGUGUAAGGACAGGUCCUGGUCCUGCAAAAAUUAAUCCUGUCCUGGCCAGAAGCAGGACAUCACUGUUACUCCAUCCCCAGAACUUUGCUUUGUGGUGAGUGCUUUAUGGCAGAGGUCAUUGGUCUGGUUUGCCUGGGCCAAGAUCCCAGCAAUGCAGAAAAGAAAGUCCUGGAAAGAAAGAAAGUCCCCCAGAAAGACAGGAGAGAGAAGGAACAGGGAGAGCCCAUGGGAGGUGGGCAAAGGAACCACAGCCCAGAUGGAGCUGUGGCACCAAGCUUUGCUCCUCACCACUGCGUGCCUUUGGUGUGCAGGCUUGGUGUUGGGAAAUAGUUCUUGCCAGGCUGUUCUUGGGUGGGCACUGCCAAGGAGGAGCAGUGCAGGAAGAGGCUGCCCUGUCCCGGAGAGUGGGUUAGGAAUCUGGUGACAGGGACCUUUAGUGUAAAGUGGUUUCCAGUGAUUCUGUGUUCCCAUUUAUUCCCGAAUCCUGCAAGGGGGAAAAACACAACGAUCAAAACCUGAAGUCUGUGAGUGAUAGCUUUGAUGAAUCAGGACAAGUCCCUUUGGGAAGAGGACAGAACUGUGUGUUCCUUCUGAUUUUUGGACCUUGGGCACAGAUCCCAAAUAUAAAAACUCAUCCAGCUCCCUCUUUACAGCUGGUCAGCCCUUCUGAUGAGCUGCUGGAGUCCCUUUAGGCAGGGGUGACAAGUUGUCUGCCUGCAGUGUGUGUUUCCUGGGGCUAGCCCUUGUCCCAAACCAGGCAGGUGUGGCCCUCUCAGCUGUGACCCCAUGUGCCUGGCAGUGUCCCCCUGCCCUGGGUGCUGCUUCCUGCUCAACCCAAGGCACUGUUUUUAAAAUCUUGAGCAAAUGCCUUGGAGCAUGUGGGCACCCAGUGCCAGCUGCAGGAGCUUCACCCUGAAGAGUUUGGAUGAGGUGGAGAGUUCUCCUUAUGCAGCACCUCUGGAAACUCCUCAGAGGGCGGAGAUGUGUUCAGGGCUUUGUCCCACAUUCCCUGGCACUGGAGGAAAAGGGGAAGUGCCAAGGUUUCUCCCUCCCCUUGGUGGUACCUCUGGCUGCAGUAGCACAGGCGCGUUACUGCUAUUUUCCUUGAACUUAAGGCAAAGCCCCCCAAAAAAAUCCAGUGGGAAAGGACCUGGGGGCACCUGGAGAGCCAAGGAAGCCCAGGCUCAGCAGUGCACUCAGAAGAGGGAGCUGCGCAGAACAGAGGGGCUGGCUUUGCUAAGUCUUAGGCUGGAAUAAAAGGAGUUGGGGAAUUAUCAUGAUCUAGCCCAGAGAUUGGAAUGCCUGAGAGAAGGGGGGAGAGGUGACAGUGUGCAUGUGAAGGAAAAAGGCCAGAAGCCCAGGUGUAAAGGCUUCAAGGGAUGGUGAGAGCACACAAGGGGGAGCAGGGAAGGGAUCUUCUACAACAGAGUAUCCCUGAGGAGGUGAUUCCUUAAUGGCAGGAUGUGAAGCAGCAUUCCUGUGCAGGCAGUGGGAGUCUGGUGCUACCCGAAGGUGAGCUGUCUGAAGAGAAAUAGCAUUUGCUGACUUGGAUAAAUGAAUAAAAGUUGA